AUGAAGAAUGCUGAGAAAAACCAAACACUAUGUACACAAACACACCAAGAAGAAGGUGUAGAAAUCGAGAUUUUUAGGGCCAUAGCUCAAGAAUAUUUCUACGAAGAUUCCGAUGAAGAAGUAGAAGAAAUACUCUGGGCCAAGCAAGCAAGGUUGCACGAAACUUUACUACAACAACUCAUCCAAGAUUUUGGUCAGGAAAACAUUUGGAAUAGCCAAGUAGCGCACUAUGUAGAAGUAGAGUAUGAUAGUGGCUAUGAAUCUGGACCAGAACCAAUGGAUAUUGACGAGGGAGAGUCAACUCAAGGCCUCGAAUUAGAAGAAAAUUAUACUACUAACCCCGACUUAGAUCAAGGUUGGGAAGAAAAUAACAAUGAUUCAUUCCCGGAAUUUCCAGAAAUGGACCUGGAUUCGGAAGAAUGGUCUCAAUCAAUUGACGAAUAUAUCGAUUGGGAAUACUACGAUUCCUUAUAA